AUGGCGGCCGAGUAUCCCAAGCACCCGUUCCUCCUCACUGUCGAGGAGACAGCGCAAGCUCUCGGUACCAGCAUCGACAAGGGUCUUACAAGCCAACAAGUCGCUGAAGCCCAGCAAAAAUACCCAAAGAAUGAGCUCGACGUCGGCGGCACUGUACCCUGGUACAGUAUCCUGACCAAGCAAUUGCUCAAUGCCAUGAUUAUUGUUCUCGCAUUUGCCAUGGCCCUCAGUUUCGGUAUCAAAGACUACAUCGAAGGUGGUGUGCUUGUCUUUGUUAUUGUUCUCAAUGUUACAAUUGGUUUCUGGCAAGAGUAUCGUGCCGAGAAGCGCAUGGAUGCUCUUAGAGCCCUUUCAUCACCCAGUGCCAUGGUUCUUCGCGACGGCAAGACCCAAGUCAUUUCCAACCCCGAAGUCGUUCCCGGUGACAUCGUUCUUCUCAAGAUGGGCGACACUGUCCCCGCCGAUCUCCGUCUCUUUGAAGCCAUGAACCUUGCCUGCGAGGAGGGUCAACUCACUGGCGAAUCGAUCCCCGUCGAAAAGAUCACCGAUAACAAUAUUACUGCUCCUGGCACUGAGAAGCUUGUCGAGUCCGAAGAUGAGAUCGGUAUUGGUGACCGUGUCAACAUGGCCUAUGCCACCACCGUUGUCCGAAAGGGUCGUGGUCGUGGUAUUGUCACUUCUACUGGUAUGCUCACUGAAGUCGGCAAGAUUGCUGCUUCUACUUCUAAGAAGACACGCAAGGCUGGACGCUCAAUGAACUAUAAGAAGUAUGGAAAGAAGCAGCCCUUUGUCGGUGCUAGCAAGCGAACCUGGGAUGUUAUUGGCAAGUUUUUGGGUCUGACUGAGGGAACACCUCUGCAGCGAAAGCUCUCAGCUCUCGCCUACGUUCUCUUUGGCUGUGCCAUUAUCCUCGCUAUCGUUGUGUUUGCUGUCAACAAGUUCGACAUGAAGAACGAGGUCAUCAUUUAUGCCACUUCUUUAGGUAUCGCCAUUAUUCCCGAGUCCCUGGUCGCUGUCUUGACUAUCACCAUGGUCGUUGCCGUCACUGUCAUGCGAAAGGCCAAUGUCGUUGUUCGUGAUCUUUCAGCCCUCGAAGCUCUUGGAGGAGUCACCAACAUUUGCUCCGACAAGACUGGCACCCUUACCGAAGGUGCAAUGGUUGUUCGCAAAGCCUGGAUUCCCUCUUCUCACAUCUACACUGUCCGCGACUCUCAGAACCCCAACGACCCCACCAAGGGCAGGGUCACAUACUCCAAGCAGAAUGACUCUGAGCCCGAAGAGCCUCCAGCACCCCGUGAUUAUGAUCGCGAGCGAAGUGCCGCCGUGCUCAAGUUUGAUGUUCCCGACGAGAAGUUGAACCAGAACAACAACACUCCCGCCAAGCAGCCCGAGCCUGAGGUUGAGUGCGAAAUGACCGACGAGCUCAACGCAUUCUUGCUCUCCUCUGCCCUUUGCAACUUGGCUACGGUUCGCUACGAUGACGAAGAAGAGAAAUGGCAGGUUACUGGCGAGCCCACUGAGGUUGCUCUCCAAGUUUUCGCCCACCGCUUCAACUCUGGUAAGAAGACACUCGAGGGUCAGAACUGGAAGCAGAUCGCCGAGUUCCCCUUCGAUAGCUCCAUCAAGCGCAUGUCUGUCAUCUACGAUGCCCCUGAGGGCGCUAGCGGCUCUAUUAUCGAGACUGAGAACUCCAUGGUCUUCACAAAGGGUGCCGUCGAGCGUGUUCUGGAUCUUUGCGACUAUGUUGGCAGUGGAGCUGAUCAGCAGCCUAUGACUGAUGAGCUCAAGGAGAAUGUCCUCAACCAGAUGAACAGCCUUGCUUCUCAAGGUCAGCGUGUUCUCGCUAUCGCUUACCGCCCCUGGGAUGGUCGCUUUACUUCUAAGCAAGCCUCUUCACCCGCUGAGGAUGAGAAGCUUCGAACUGAGGUCGAAAAGGGCCUCAUUCUUCUCGGUCUCGCUGGUAUCUACGAUCCUCCUCGCCGCGAAACCAAGCCGUCUAUCGCUGAGUGUUCCAAUGCUGGUAUUCGCGUUCAUAUGCUUACCGGUGAUCAUCCUGAAACUGCCAAAGCCAUUGCUAAGGAAGUCGGUAUUAUUCCCAAGAACCUCGGUAUCUUGCCCGAUCAUGUUGCCAAAUCCAUUGUCCAGAAGGCCACUGACUUUGACCGAAUGACCGAUGAGGAAAUUGAUGCUCUUGAGGAACUUCCUCUGGUCAUUGCUCGAUGUGCUCCGGACACCAAGACUCGCAUGAUUGAUGCCCUUCGUCGACGUGGCGCCUUCAUGGCCAUGACUGGUGACGGUGUCAACGAUGCUCCCUCUCUAUCUCGCGCUGAUGUCGGUAUUGCUAUGGGUUCUGGCUCUGAUGUUGCCAAGUCAGCUUCCAAGAUCGUGCUCACUGAUGACAAGUUCAACUCUAUCGUCGCUGCCAUUCGCGAAGGUCGUCGCAUGUUUGACAACAUUCAGAAAUUUGUCCUCCAUCUUUUAACUUCCAACGUCGGUGAAGUUAUCCUCCUAGUCUGCGGCCUUGCCUUUGUCGACGACACAGGCUUCUCAGUUUUCCCUGUUUCGCCUUUGCAAAUCAUCUGGAUCAACAUGGCUACUUCUUCAUUCCCUGCCUUCGGACUUGGUCGUGAACAGGGUGCUCAGGAUAUCAUGCGCAAGCCUCCGCAGGAUAAGAAGCGUGGUGUCUUUACCAACCAGAUCAUUGUUGAUAUGAUCGUCUACGGUAUCAUCAUGGGCGCUUGCACUAUGUGCACUUUCGUUAUUAUUAUCUACGGCGCCAAUGGUGGAAACUUGGGCGAGGAGUGUAACCAGCGAUACUCUGAGGCCUGCAUCCCUGUGUUCAAGGCUCGCGCUGCUACCUUUGCUGAACUGACUUGGCUUAUUCUCAUUUCGGCUUGGGAGUUCAAGAGUCUGCGUCGCUCGGUUUUCCGCCUCAACCCUGACGAUGACAGCCGCUUCCCUGUCUUCAAGGACAUCUACGCCAACCGCUUCCUCUUCUGGUCUGUUAUCAUCGGCGGUCUUUCUGUGUUCCCUGUGGUCUACAUUCCCGUCCUCAACCACAAGUUCUUCAAGCACACUGGUAUCACUUGGGAGUGGGCGCUGUCUGUCGGCUUCACCAUCGUGUUUGUUGCUGGUAUUGAGCUUUGGAAGUUGACUAAGCGACAUUUCCACCUUCUUGAGGACGCUCCUGUUCGACGUGGUGUUUGGGGCCAGGGUGGUGAAGACGGUGGCCGACUCGGUCGAACCAUGUCUUUCUCCAGCUUCAAGACCUGGGCCUCCUUUUCUCGAAAGGACACUGGAGAGUCUCUCGGCAAGCGAGAUACUUCUCGGGGACCAUCUGAACGACAUAUUGUGCCUCAAGGCCUUGCGGCCACCGAGGCUUAA